UUGUUAUUUUUCUGCAACAAGAUGGCGGUCGUUCAAGAGAACAGAGUCCUCUCCUUCAGUGUUUUUAAAUGGAGCUCUUAUUCCUCUACAUAUUUGCCAGAAAACAUCUUAGUGGACAAACCAAAUGACCAGUCCUCCAGGUGGUCGUCGGAGAGCAACUACCCUCCACAGUACUUAAUGUUGAAAAUGGAAAGGCCAGCCAUCGUUCAGAGCAUCACCUUUGGGAAGUAUGAGAAGACUCACGUUUGCAACCUGAAGAAGUUCAAAGUGUUUGGUGGGAUGAGUGAGGAGAACAUGACAGAACUCCUGUCCAGUGGCCUUAAAAAUGACUACAAUAAGGAGACAUUCACCUUGAAACACAAGAUUGAUGAACAGAUGUUUCCCUGCCGAUUUGUUAAAAUAGUGCCUCUGAUGUCUUGGGGGCCCAGUUUUAACUUCAGUAUCUGGUACAUUGAGCUGCAUGGCAUAGAGGACCCUGAUGUAGUCCAGCCCUGCCUUAACUGGUACAGCAAGUACCGUGAACAGGAAGCCAUCCGCCUGUGCCUGAAGCACUUCCGGCAGCACAACUACACCGAGGCCUUCGAGUCGCUGCAGAAGAAGACACGCAUAGCGCUGGAACAUCCCAUGCUGACGCACCUACACGACCGCCUGGUGCUCCGGGGCGACUUCGACGCCUGCGAGGAGCUCAUUGACAAAGCUGUCAAAGACGGUUUGUUUAACCAGUACAUCAGCCAGCAAGAGUACAAGCCAAGAUGGAGUCAGAUCAUCCCCAAGAGUAACAAAGACGACGAGGAUGACAACCGGCCGGGAAUGAGGGGGGGUCAUCAGAUGGUAAUUGAUGUUCAGACAGAGACUGUAUAUCUUUUCGGUGGCUGGGAUGGCACACAGGACUUGGCUGACUUCUGGGCCUACAGCGUUCAGGAGAACCAAUGGGUCUGCAUCUCUAGAGACACAGAGAAGGAGAGUGGUCCAGUGCACGGUCCUGUCACAAGGAUGUGCAUCGAUAGCCAGCGGCGGCAGAUCUACACACUGGGUCGUUACCUGGACUCCAGUGUCAGAAACAGCAAGUCUCUGAAGAGAUUCUACCGCUACGACAUUGACGCUAACACUGCGACGCUGCUAAGCGAGGACACGUCGGCGGAUGGCGGGCCCAAGCUGGUGUUUGACCACCAGAUGUGUAUGGACUCAGAGAAGCACAUGAUCUAUACGUUUGGUGGUCGGAUCCUGACGUGUAUGGCAGUGUGGAGGGACAGCAGGACCUCCGAGCCCCAGUUCAGUGGCCUUUAUGCCUUCCACUAGCCAGGCCGAAACUGGAGCCUGCUCCGAGAAGACUCCUGCAACGGGCCUGAGGAUGUCCAGUCACGCAUUGGGCAUUGCAUGCUCUUCCAUACUAGAAAUCGUUGUCUGUACGUGUUUGGAGGUCAGAGGAUCAAAGACCUACCUGAUGCCUUCUUCAGCUACGAGGUUGACGGGGACCAUGUGGAGAUCAUCUCCGAUGGAACAAAGAAGAUUCGGGCCAUGGUGCCCAUGACAGGUUUCACCCAGAGGGCCACCAUAGACCCCGAACUGAAUGAGAUCCAUGUCCUGUCUGGCCUCAGCAAGGACAAGGACAAACGAGAGGAAAACGUUCGCAACUCUUUCUGGAUCUACGACAUUGCACGCAACAACUGGUCGUGUGUGUAUAAGAAUGACCAGGCGGUGAAGGAGAACCCCAGUAAGGUUCUGCAGGAAGAGGAGCCUUGUCCGCGUUUUGCACACCAGCUGGUCUAUGAUGAGAUGCAUAAGGUGCACUAUCUGUUUGGCGGUAACCCAGGGAAGUCAUGCUCCCCUAAGAUGCGUCUGGACGACUUCUGGUCCCUCAAGCUGUGUCGCCCUUCUAAAGAGUACCUGCUCCGCCAUUGCCGAUACCUAAUAAGGAAGUACAGGUUUGAAGAGAAGGCCCAGUCCGAACCUCUGAAUGCUCUGAAGUACCUGCAGAACGACCUGUCUCUCACCGUGGAUCACACCGACCCUGACGAGACCAAAGAGUUCCAGCUCCUUCCCUCGGCUCUCUUCAAGUCCAGCUCUGACUUCAUCCCUCUGGGUUUCUCAGAUGUGGACCAGACAUAUGCUCAGCGCACACAGCUCUUCGACACGCUUGUCAACUUCUUCCCGGACUGCAUGACCCCGCCCAAGGGUAACCUCGUUGACCUCAUCACCCUGUAGCCCCGCCCCACUACCCUAUGCACCACACCCUAACAAGACUCUUUCUGAUUGGCUGGCCCACAGCCAAACAUACUAUUUUUCUACACUUGACCCUGAGGUGCUAGUGGACGGCACUCUCCUGCCCCUCUCUUCAGGGUGUUGGUUCUUCAACGGCGGUACUAAACUGAACUUAACGGGCAAAAGAGGACCAGACCACUUGCCAUAAAAGGGGGUGAUACUGAAUAUCACUGUGUCAAAAUAAAGGAAAAAAAAUCAUACACCCAUCCCUGAAAUCGAGUGUUUCCUCGGCCUGAUAGUAUUUUUUGAGAUGUUAUUUACAGUGCAAACCGCUUUGAUUUUCAUUUUUUUGUUUGUGGCAAGGUUUACAUGAAGAGGCUUUUGCACCUGUGUUUUAGUUAGCUUGGCGUUAGUAGCUUUUUAGAUCAAGGAGGGUCUCAAUUCCUCAUCUUCUCCCCAUCUGUCUUGCGUCUGUCUCUCAUUCACACGCACAAACCUGCUUAAGUAGUUUAACUUAACUGGGCCCUGCUGUUAUUGGUGCCCACAUUAUAUACCCCUAUUUAUAAUAAUGAUCGCCGUGCUGUUUUACACUACUUGUCAAAAUGUGAAUCGUGUCAUAUAGAAAUAGUCAAAUGUGCUUAAAAGACAAUAUAUUUGUCAGAUGAGCUUUUACAUGCCCCGCUGAAUCUUGGAUAUCCAUAUACCAAUCAAUCAUAAUUAUAGUAAACCAAUUAAUUAAAUCAUUCUGGGGUUUUAGGGGGGGUCUUUGUCAAGUCGUCAGUAGCCUGUGAUUCUGGCUUUUAUGAUGUAACAUGGCUCAUUCACUAACCUACCCUAUCUGGGGUAAUAUCCAUUUCUGUUUCUCAUUGGAAAUGGAAGCUAGGUCCAAGAAACAGUAUCUCUUGAAAAUAAAAAGAUGGCCACACGUCGCUAUGGGUAAUGUGUCAGUGAUGCAUGGUGGCACAAUGUAGUCUCCAAUGGGAUGAUGUUUCUUCUUCCUAACAUUAUCCCCAGUCCCCAUCUUCUAAAAUAACUGCAUGGUAUCAUCAUGCUGUCUCAGAGGGAGUCUUUAAUUGUAAAAACUGACCCAUGGCUAGUGUACAUGCGCACACAUCUUAGGAUUGGCAAGGAUUCAUCUUCUGCAACAUGAGUUAUCUUAUAGGUAAAUAUGAAAAUUGCCUUUCAUUCAGGGGGAGCUUCAUUCAGCUGGUGUUUUUUUGUAGUUGUCUUCAAUCUUCUGGACGCUAGUCUUUCCCCAGGCAGAAAUGGAAUGUCCUUUUAGCUAUUCAGUAACUCUUCUUUCACCUCUUUGUGAAGAACUGUGGACACUUCUUAGAAACUGUAUGUCUAUAUUUGGGAAUCAAAAGGCAACAGGUCAAGGAGAGAUGGAUAGUAUAGUGAACCCUGGUCUUCGGUGGCAUGAAGCCGGGAGUGUUACCACUUGACCACAGCCCUGUUUCAAUACUUCAAACAUUCAGGUGGUUUCAAAGUAGGAAUAUAAGCACUGUCCUUACCACUGAGUAAACCCAAUUACAUAAUUCCUGCCUCCUAUGGUUUCCCCCAGUGUUUUCAGGUUUUUGGUCACAAAAUGACAUCAAAAUCGUCCAUCAUAAAUUCUUAAACAACACCUGGUCUUGAGAUCUGAGAAACAUAUAUUUAUUUUAGUUAUAGGUCUACCCUGCACAGAUGGGGACAUUCUUGUUUUUCCUCUUCUAAAGGUUUUAGGAAAUAUAAAUCAUUGAUGCGUUUGGUACAUAUCUUAUGGAUAAAUGCAUUUUAAAAGGAUUUUGUUAAUUCCCUACUAAAUUCAAAAAAAAAAAAAAAUUACUGAAUUCUUGUCUGGAUUCUCUGAUUCCGUCCAUGUUUUUUGUAUCUUAGAAUGUAUAGAUCCCUAGUCUCCAUAAAAAUAUUUAUGACAAAAAAAAGCUCCCUUACAGAUGUCUGCAUUUUAUCCAUACUCUGAAGGCAACAGGAGCAAUUGCAAAAAGUCUCUAACACCAGUUUGCUAAGUCAACAAGUGUAGAUAAAGCUUGCUGGCUAACAUUGGUUAUGCUUGAAUUUGAAAAAGUAAUGGGCCAAGUUCUUCUGCAGGUCAUGAGUUAAGCUUUUGCCACGCCAUUUCCAAAAAAGUUGCAAUGAUGUGCAAGUCAUUUAUGCGUAUAUUUAAUUGAACAUAGUACAAAGACAAAAUAUCUAAUAUUAAAACAGGAAUUGUUGUUUUUGUUUUUAAAAAAAAGGCAUUUUUACUGCUGUGUUGCAUUGCCUCUAACAAUACUCUGUAAGUAUUUAGGAACUGAGGAGACCAGUUGCUGUAAUUCUGAAAGUGAAAUGUAUUCCCAUUC